CCGCGGCCGCAGUCACCGCUCGCCUUUGGAGAACCUGGGGAGUCAGGUGAGGCAGGUCUCCGGAAGCGGCACGGGUGGCGGGUAAGAGACGCGAGCUCCUCCCAGGUUUUACUCCUUUGCUGGUGAGUCAUGCAUGGCAGCCCCCAUGAAGGGCCAAGUGUGCGUGGUGACUGGUGCUUCCAGGGGUAUUGGUCGCGGCAUCGCCUUGCAGCUCUGCCAAGCAGGUGCCACCGUCUACAUCACUGGCCGGCGUCUGGACACACUGCGGGCUGCUGCUGAGGAGGCGCAAUCCCGAGGGGGCCAGUGUGUGCCUGUGGUGUGUGAUUCAAGCCAGGAGGCUGAAGUGCGAAACCUAUUUGAGCAGGUUGAUCGAGAACAGAACGGACGUUUGGAUGUGCUGGUCAACAAUGCCUAUGCUGGGGUUCAGCCAAUCCUAGACAACCGUAAGAAGGCAUUCUGGGAAAGCCCUGCCUCCAUUUGGGAUGAUGUCAACAAUGUUGGACUCAGAGGCCACUACUUGUGCUCGGUGUAUGGGGCUCGGCUGAUGGUACCAGCUGGCCGGGGGCUCAUCGUGGUCAUCUCCUCCAUUGGGGGGCUGCAGUAUCUCUUCAAUGUUCCUUAUGGCGUGGGCAAAGCUGCGUGUGACAGGAUGGCUGCAGACUGUGCCCACGAGCUGCGGCGCCACGGGGUCAGCUACGUGUCUCUCUGGCCAGGGUUGGUGCAGACAGAACUGCUUAGGGAUCAUUUGGAGAAGAGUGACAUUGCCGAGGACCCCCUGGUUAAGCAGCUCAAAGCUAAUUUCUCAUCCGGGGAGACCACGGAAAUGAGUGGCAAAUGCGUGGUGGCUUUGGCAACAGACCCCAAUAUCCUGAGCCUGAGCGGGAAGGUGCUGCCAUCUUGUGACCUUGCUCGACGCUACGGCCUUCGGGAUGUGGAUGGCCGCCCCAUCCAGGACUAUUUGUCUUUGAGUUCGGUUCUCUCCCAUGCCUCCAGCCUGGGCUGGCUGGCCUCCUACUUGCCUGGCUUCCUCCGUAUGCCCAAGUGGAUUAUGACCCUCUACACAAGCAAGUUCUGAUCCUCCUGUCCUAAGGUCACCACUCUGCUUGUCUUUUCACUUGGACUGGCGGCUGAGCCCAUCUCAGCGGAACAAGGCAGCCUUUCCCACCACCACGUGCGCCUGAUACAAAGAGAAGGCCUCUGCGUGUGUCCUGGGCCCCAUAGGUCCUUCUUUGUGCCUUGGUUUUCCUUGUUCCUACGUUUUGCUUUUUGCUUAAGUUUUGAAAAAUGUUCUUGGUACUAAUAAAGUUCUCAUUUCUCCAA